AUGUUUGUCCAAUAUUGUGUUCUACUCAUAUUACUUGUAAAACCUAUUCAAAUGCAAAAAGUUUUGGAAUUUUCUUCAUUCACAGACGAUACUUUCACAGAUUUUGAUGGUAUUUUAAUAAAAGAAAUGAGGUUGGAAUUUAGUUGUUGUUUAGUAAUAAGGAUAAGGCAUUGAUAAGCCUCCUUCAUCCACUUAAAGUUAUUUUGGGUUUAAUUCAAUAUUUUGGGAUCGAUCUAAUAAUAUUUUUAAACCAUUUGGAACUAGUAUGCCAAAUCAAGGAAUGAUUAAAUAUCAUAAUAAUCUUAAGCCUCAUAAAGCUUUGAUUAUUAGUUUUCAAAUUUUCAUGUACUUUAUUAAUUAAAGUAGAUACAAUGAUUAGUCAUACCCAACUGGAGAUUGCCAAGUGUAUUUUAAUGUUGAUGGGUUAAAUUAAUAUCAUAUCUAUACUAUAUUUAAUACAAAAAAAAGGGUAGCAAUAUAGAAUACAGAAGUGACGGUGACUCAUAGUGCUUCGUCUGUAUUUAUAUAAUUUGCUGGUAGAAUAAAUGAUUCUAACGUAAGAAAUUUAACUUAAAAUUAGAAAGUAACCUAUGGAAUUAGGGAUUUUUAUUUAUACUCAAUACCAUGUCCAAAUAAUUGUUAGCAUUGUUCAAGAAAGGAUAAAUCAGAGUCUGAAUGCAUAGAGUGGUCACUUUCUUUUGAAUCUUUGUUAGAAAUUGAUAGAAAUUUAUUUAAUAAUGAUGGUUGGUCAGUUAUCUAGCAAUCUCCAAGCAUGUAAAUUCACAAGUCAACUGAUUGUUAGAGUGAAAGUAAUAUUAAUUGAUUAUCUAGAUGUAAAUUCGAUGCAGAUUCUUGGGUAUCUGACAAUGGGGGACAAAAUCAAAAGAACAAUUAUCUUAGAGCCUCAUUACAGAAUUAAAAUAUUAUAUUUACACCUUGUACUUGAAUAAGCUGUUGCCCCUUCAACAUAUUGGCAAGGAUAUCUAAAUGGUAAGAGCGAGUUUCAUUUUGGAUACUAAACCUAUCUAACUACACCUGAAAUUUGUUCCAAAUUGAUCGAUAAGACUAGAGGGGAUUUGAUUUCAUAGGUUGAAUUUGAAGCUUUUCAUUAAAAAACUCUAUUUGAGUUUUAAACAUCAGCAAAUUAAUAAAUUUCAGGGUGGAGCACUAAAUGGGGUAUUCGAAACUUUUAAGUUUUUAUUAAAAAAUGCCAUUCUUCUUGUGAAAAUUCCUGCUUUGGUCCUAAAGAGACUUAAUGUCAAAAAGGUUAUUAUUCUAAAUUUAUUUUAUUUGCCAAUAAUCUGAAAUUGACUACUUUCAGUGAAGAUGAGGAUUGGUAGGUUGUGACUCCAUUUCAAUAUACUUAACCAAAUGAAUGUAAUAAUUAGGCUCUACUUGGUGGCUAUAAUAAUUUAAAAGGAAAACAUUUACUUUAAAGUGUAUAUGAUUUAAAGUCUCAUGUUAAAAUAGGUUUAUCAUUUAAAAUAUACUACAUUGAUUAAUUCAAUGACGACAUUUUGCAUGUAGUUGUAGAUGGCAUUAUUGUAUACCAAAAUCAAAUACCAUCUACAGUUGAUCCAAAAAAGGAUAUGCCAUAUUGUGGGGUGUAUGCUUAAAUUGAUUAAGUGAUGAAGAUCAGUAUUACAACCGUUCUUCAUACAAGGUCUCAAGUAAUUAUCUAGAUUUACACAAACUAACCAGAUACUUCAACAGGUAAAUUUGAAUAAAUAAUUUAAGGCUAUUGGGGAAUAAGAGAAUUCAUAUUGACUGUUAAUGGAUUUCCUUACUUGAAAAAUUUAAAUGCAGUAAAAUUUUCUAAUACAGAAAUAACUCCUUGGAAAAUUAUCUUACAAAAUUCUCCAAUAUGGUAGUGUGGUUCUUAAUAAAUUAUUGGAGGAUCGACAUCAACUGCAUUAGAUAAAGAUUCAUUUUUGCAAAAAUAAUUUCUAAAUCUACCUCCGCAUAUCCAAUUAAGAAUAAGUUUUUCAAUUGUGACAAUUUAAACUUCUCUCAGGAAGACCUUAUUUAUUUUAACACAAACGAUUAAUGAUGAAUAAAAAUAGGAAUAUCUUGAUAUUUAGGAUAAAAAAUUCUGUGGAGGCACUGAAUAUACUCAUAAUUUUAAAUUUGAUUAUAUUUUGGAUAAUUAAGAUGAGAGCAUCUUUAUAGUAUUUAAAAUAGAAUAAUUGAAUGCUGGAGAAUAUUGGGGAAUAAGAGAUUUCUCAUUAUCUUAUAAUAAUGUAAAAACACCUUGA